AUGACCUCCAUUCCCAAUCAACAGCAAGCUGCAGUGGUGCAAGAACCCGGUGACAAUUUCAAGAUCCAGCUUCAUGACGAUGUUCCGGUAGGGACUCCAGGCCCCGAGGAGAUCCUCGUCAAGCUCACAUGCACGGGUCUUUGUCACUCUGAAGUUCGAGCUGUUCUAGCUUGGAGUUCAUAUCAAUCAAUCAUCGGCCAUGAAGGUGUAGGGACAGUAGUGAAGACUGGUGCAAAUGUUUCCCCAUCUUUACUAGGUCAGCGUGUAGGAGUCAAAUGGCUCUACAAUGCCUGCUCUAAUUGCUCUCUCUGUAAAAGGGGCUUUCAUCAUAACUGCCCCAAUCAAGUGAAUACUAGCCGACAUGUUCCUGGCACUUUACAGCAAUAUGCUAUUGCGGAUGCCCGUUUCAUCACGAGGAUUCCAGAAGGACUCAGCGAUGAGACUGCAGCACCACUUCUAUGUGCUGGCCUCACCAUGAUGGGUGCUCUUAAACAUUUGGACACGGAGCUUCACCCUGGCGAUUGGAUUGUGAUCUCUGGAUCCGGUGGAGGACUGGGUCAUCUUGGUGUGCAGAUUGCUGCCCGCGUCAAGAAGCUUCGAGUCAUUGCGAUUGACAGCGGGGAGGAUAAGAGAAAACUGAGUCUAGAAUCUGGGGCCGAAGUCUUUCUGGAUUUCAAAACCGAAGAUGUUGCAGCUCAAGUGUUGAAAUUGACGGGAGAAGGCGCUCACGCAACUAUAGUCGUCCCCGGAACUAAGGAGGCCUUACAGAUGGCACCAUUGGUAGUUCGAAACAUGGCAACAAUUGUUUGCGUGGGAUUACCACCUAAUCAAAUGGAUAUUCCUGUCUCUGCAACUCUGUGUGCCGCUCGAGGACUCACGAUCAAGGGCUCAUCGGUUGGAACGGAAGCUCAAUUGCAAGAUUUGCUGCAACUUGCUUCAGAUGGAGUCAUUACACCGGCAGUCGAAGUAUUUGACUUCCCUGAAGUCCCUCGACUCAUCGAUCAACUUAUCAAAGAUGAAAUUAUAGGUCGGGCAGUAGUGAGGAUUCCAGCUAAUUGA